UAUGUUGGCACACGCAUUUAAGGAAUACUAGGGUGUUGCAGAGAACGCUUUGCUGCAAAACCAUCUAAGCGAUGCGCGCCUCCCAAUAAUAAACCCAAUUAUAGCGUGCUCAUGAUUUGCGUGUGGAAUCGAAGGUCAUUUUCGGUAUUAUGGACAAAAUUAGAGGCGUUAUGAUAGAUUCCUAUUUGAGGCGGAUAGUGUGAUACUGAGACAUGUCCAGAAUCUCAGGUUUUCCAAUGAUGAGCGUGUGACGUUUCACCGCGAGAUGAACACAGCGCGGCUUACGUUCAAGUGGUCGGCCGCGAACAGAUUCAGUCAUUACUGGCGACAUUGGGAGUUAUUUAUCUAACGGAAAAAACGGGGUUUCAGGUUCUGCAUUUUGCAACAUAGUAAUUGUGUUCGUUCUCUCCGUGCCGGGGAGCGCGUGGCUGCAUGGGCCUGGGAGAUGCGUGACGCGCCUGUACCGCAUCUCCUGGAUGGCAGGUAGGCUCCAUCACAUCGCUGUGAAAAAAUAGGCUAUGGAAAGAAAGAAAUGCGCCGAAUGUUGUAGGCUACAUGUGUGUUUGAGAUAUUUUGAUUAGGCUUUUUUCUUUUAUUUGAGUUACACAUAGGUUAGUUUAAUAUUAUCAGCCGAUUGUCAGCAUUCAGUCUAAAAAAGGCUUCCAAAUUUGAGCUAUUAACAUCUCGCCCUUGAUGCCCUUUUUAUCGCUGAAAUGUAUCAAUUUGUCUAUUCCUGCGAAAGUGUAGGCAUACUGUGGGAAACUGUAAGAAUGUCCGCUAGACGAGGUAGCCUAAUGACAAAGAUAGGAUAAUACGCUGGGAAUUGUCAUGACCGACAGUAUUAUAGGUUAAUUAUGAUACAACUAAAUCCGUUGGCUAUUUCAAAUAGGCCUAAUAAAUAAAGGAACCGCACGGUGGCCGUCGGAUGUGUGAGAUGCAUGAUGUUUGUUGGCAGACGUGGCCUAAUAUAAGCCUCCCAAUAAUGGGGUCAGCCAGCUAUCAAAUGUGUCAGGACACUGGUAAGGCGUCUGUUGCUUUAGUAGCCUAGUUAAAAAUAGGCAUUAACCCAUUCAAGGUUUCUAUACAAUGAAGAUAUUUUUUAUUAUUAGGCUUUUAUCUCAGUAGAUUUGUAUUAUUAGAUAUUUGCAUAUAGGGCCUCCUGGUCGCCAGAAAGCAUGCAGUGAUGAUGCUAUUGAGGAGAGAUGGCAUCGCACGUGUGUGAUGUGACAACUCGGGUGCCAUGGAGAGUCUGAUUUUGAUGAGCGCGUGUUCGAGGAUGUGCCCCGGAAUCUCUCAGGGCCUGCGCACUAAUUGCGCGCACCUGCUGGUAGCGUCCUUGCUGGUGUCCAUGACGAUGUCAAGCUCACCUGUUGCAGGCGGUGUGGACUCCAACGGAACGACAGCAACACGGUCCUCAUCGCGGUCAUCACCGUCACCCUCUUCCAGAUGGCCAGGCGCCACCCCACCCAAAGACACUAGUCACCAUGGUAACACUGACGCUGCCUCAGUGGACGAUGAAGCUCAGGGCAUACAUCUCCUCCUGAGACCCCCAGACCUGCUGUCCCCCAGCCACCCCCCUCCUUUGCCCCCCCACAGCCAGCCCACCCUCACCCCUCCCCCACCCUGGGAGCACGCCCCCUCCCUAGAGGAGGCCUGGGGCUCCGGAGACUACCUGGAAACGCUUUCCUUCAUGGGCCCAGAGGGGGAGGAACUGGCCCUGGCCACAACCUUACCCAGUCACACCUACGACCCUGACGACGGGGCCUCCUAUGACACCUCCUUCCCCUCCCGCCCAACCCUCCCCCUGUCCUCCAGCCUCCUCAGACCCUAUACGUCCCCCACCUCCCCCCUCCGGGAAGGUCUCCCCUUCACCCACCCUGCCCAGCCUGAGGGAUACCCUCACUGGGAUGAAGAAGACUAUGACCUGGGGGACAUUUUUCCUCUGGUGCCCACGGAGCUGCUGCUGCCAGACAUGAACAGUCUGGAGUACUACACCAAUCUGCUGGCCAGAGAGAGAGACGAGGAGAGGGAAAGGGAGCGAGAACGGGAGAGGGAAAGGAAGCGAGAACGGGAGAGAGGGAGGGAAAGGGAGCGAGAACGGGAGAGAGACAGGGAAAGGGAGAGUGAUGGGGAGAGGGAUAGAGAUGGAGAAAGAGACAGAGAUAGAGAAAUUGUCAUCCCACCCCCAAAGACCACCCCCAAACUUGGCAUCACACCCACCACUACCACAAAAACACACACACACACUCAGCCCCCAACCCCCUCCCCUAGCACAGGGCCCCCUCCUGCCCGGGACCACAAGCACCCUCUUGUCCCCUCAGCAGGUCCCACCCCUCCCCUGACCCUCUCACCCACUCUCUGGGAUGGUCAGGGUACCCCCACCCCUGGAGUCAGACCCACCUCCAGAGUACCCCCUCAGCCUCCUGUUCUGCGGCCCAGAGUCCCCCCAGCUACCCCUGGCAGACACCCUCCACUGCCCCCAUCUAACACCACCAGCCUGGCUCGCCCCCCCAUGCUGCGACCUCCAGGGAGGGACCCCAUAAAACCACCACCACCUGUGACCGAGGUCCCCAGCAACCGACCGACGACCACUACCAAGGCAACCACUGUUACCACGACAACUCCUGGCACCCUGGCGACUCCCCCAGCCCCUCCAGGACGCCAGUACCUGUGUAACGUCACCAAGCCUGACAUGUACCUGGUCAGAGUGGUCCUGCCGAAGUCUGGCUCCACUGUGGGCUUUGGCCAGGUCAGGGACAUCUUGAAGAGGGAGUUCAACCGCUCAGUGGAGUUGCAGUUCCUGAGAACUCCGUCUAGCUUUGCGUUCCGUGUUGUGGCGGGACCUCUGAUCUUCACCGCCAUGUCUGUCAUCAACGCUCUGCGCCAAUCAACACAAAGCUCCUCCUUGUUCCCAACUGUCUCACCCCUCUACGGCAUACCUGAUCGCAAGUACCUGAUACGCUCUGUGCUGCAGUUUGUGCCCGGUCACGUGGAUGUGCGUGUGUGUAACUUCAGUGAGCGAGUGGAGAGAGGACUGCUGAUGGCCUACACGGAGACACGCAGACGCGCACAUGAAUUUGGCAACGUUACUGUACAGCUGCUGAACAUCACCAUGGGUCAGGCCAAGCCACAGGGUGACCAGAAGGUUCCGGUGGACAUCACGUUUGCGUUGCGUGAUGGGCGGGGCUACCUGUUGGGGUCAGAGGUCAGCGGUCACCUGAGACGCCUAAGCACGGUGGAGUUCAGCUUCUACCUGGGCUUCCCCGCGCUGCAGAUCGCUGAACCCUUCCACUACCCCGAGCUGAACGUUUCUCACCAUCUACGUUCCUCCUGGGUCCGCACAGUGUUACUGGGUGUCCAGGAGCAGACGGUGACUGAGAGGAGCUUCAAGGCUCGUCUGGAGCGCCGUCUGGCCCUGCUGCUGGAGGAGGGGCUGGGGGAGGGGAGUCAACGACCCCGCUGGAAGAGAUCCACGGCCGUGGGUAACAACAGCUUACAGGUGGUGCGUGUGUCGAGGCUGGCAGGUUCAGGGCGUACUCUGGAAGUGGUGUAUUUCGUGGAGGGACCAGAGGGGGAGAGAGUCCCUGCUGAUGCCACCGCUGCCACCCUCAACCGCCUGGAGCUGCAACGGGCUGCCAUCGUACUGGGGCACCGCGUCCAGAGACCCCUUGCCCAACCUGUAGAGACCCUGACAGUGCCCCCGUCUGAGACUCAGAGCAGCAGUGUCUGGCUGAUUGUGGGGGUGGUGGUGCCUGUCCUGCUGGCUAUCUUCAUCAUCAUCAUCCUCUACUGGAAACUGUGCGGCUCGGAGAAGCUGGAGUUCCAGCCUGAUGCCAUCAACACCAUCCAGCAGAGACAGAAGCUCCAGGCUCCCAGUGUGAAAGGGUUUGACUUUGCCAAGCUCCACCUGGGGCAGCACAGUAAGGAUGACAUCAUGGUGAUCCAGGAGCCUGGUUCCCUCCCUGUGCCCAUCAAAGAGGCCACCCCCUCUGAGGGAGGAGAUCUCAACACUCCCAAAUCCAAGGGCUCCUCCACCAAGGCUGCCCGCGCUAACCGCCGUAGGGGGAGACUGUCCCCGUCAGAUGGUGACUCGUUAGGUAGCGACCAAUCGAGUGGCAGGGAGUCUGCAGAGGAGACCACAAGAUAUGUGGGCACGCCCCACGAGGGGAAACCGCACCGAAACAAAACGCCCAAGAAUGUCCCUCCCACAGGCAGUGGUCCAGAUGAGCUGCUCUCCUCUUCCUCCAUCUUUGACCACGUGGACCGUCUGUCCCGAGGCUCGUCUGACGGCAGGGCUCGCCAGGCCAACAAGGUCCAGCUGAUUGCCAUGCAGCCCCGGCCCAGCCCACCACAACACUCACACAGCCCCACCAUCACAGAGAGGGUCAGCGCAGAGGUGGCUCUGAGACACAAGUCGGAGAUCGAGCACCACAGGAACAAGCUGCGUCAGCGGGCUAAGAGGCGGGGCCAGUGUGAGUUCCCCUCUAUGGAUGACAUCCUGGAUGCCUUCGGGCAGGCGCAGGAGGAGGCGGGGCAGGGAGGGUGUCCCCAGCGCCUCUACAGCUCAGCCCAUGACCACAUGGACAGCAUCUUGCACACCGACCCCCCCUCACCCCCCACCCCAGGGGAAUCCAGGAAGAGGGGGAGGCGCUCUCCUCGGGGCCGGCGGAGGCAGCAGGGGAACGGCAGUCUGCCAGACACGGACAGACUGACGGACAGAGACCGCCUGCUCACAGACCACAGCGCCACCUACAGGAAAUACCCUGGACUCAACAAUGUGGCCUACAUGUCCGACCCGGACCUACCUCCAGACCACGGCAGCCCCUCCCCUAACGACGAGGUGUUUGACCACGCCCCUCCCCCGCCCCCCUACGUGCCUCCCCAGCCGUCCAUCGAGGAGGCGCGGCAACAGAUGCACUCCCUAUUGGACGAUGCCUUCGCCCUGGUGUCGCCCUCCUCCCAGGGCAGCGUCAGUGUCGGGGUCACGCAGGUCAGCCCCGCACUGCCAAGCCCCUCUCCCUCCCCACAGACACACCCAUCACGCCAGUGGGGUUCCUACCCCGCAGCCCCCACACACAGCCCCUUCUCUGCGAGGUAUGCAGAGUUGGGGAUGUCUCCCUCGUCAAUACAAGGCCUGUUGCAGAGGCAGGGCCUGGGUUCAGGGGCCUAUGUUGCUGCAGAGGAGCAGUUGCAGGAUUCUGUCUACGCCAACAGGGGGCAGUAUGAAGAGCCUCCCUCCUCCUCCAGACCUCGGCCUGUUGGGGGAAGCACAGGUGCUCAGCUGCAUCACCUGACGCAGGUGGGCUUGUCGAGCCGGAUCAGUGCGUACCCUGGGGUGGGCCGCAGCGUCUCUGGGCCAACAGGCUCCAGCUGGAACCAGCAGCCUUUAGACCAGGACCUCUCCAGACCCGGAGCCAGCAGGGAGACUGUGCUGUCGUUCCCUGAGUUCUCCUCCUCCGGUGUGUUUCAGAUGCCCAGCUCCUCUCUGGGAGACCAUUCUGUCCCCCCAAUGCUCCUGGCCCCUCCCACUCCAGAGUUCCCCCUAGACGAGUCCUCCCCCUCAGCCCAAAGCUCCGCCUCCCUCAUCAAGGCCAUCAGGGAGGAGCUACGACGGCUCGCCCAGAAACAGGUUGCUGUGGCCAGCAGUUACUCCUAGACCAGUGUGAGCCCCUACCCCAUAACUGGUCAAAACUACUGGCUCUAAACUGGUCCGAACCAGUUUGAACUACUCAUCCUAAGCAAGUAUGGACCGACCGGAACCACUACCGCAAACUAGUUUGAAACAGUCAGAACCACUUUCCCUAAACUGGUUUAAAGAGGCUCAUACUACUAUUCAUAAGCUGGUCUGAACAAGACUGAGCCAGUCUGCAACAAGAUUUCCUUACAACAAUAACAUCACGGUUCUUUACAGGGUUCUUCUCUCUGUAAAGGUUCCUCGUUCUACAGCACAGUGUUUCCACUGGACAGGAGGACCGAGUUUGUUUUCUUCAGAGUUCCAUAGAAAUGCUUCCGUGAGAGGGGCCGUCUCUGCCCUUUCUGACCUAAUGUAUGUGGUGCUAAUCCUCAGCCUAAUGUCUCCUGUCAUUAAGUUAACCACGCAUUGCCUUCAACACACGUUCAUCAUCAGCCAGAUUGGUGAGGUCUUCUCCAUUCAUCAGUCAUAUUGGUGAGGUCGUGCACUGUAGAGAGAGUUGGAGUAUAGUAUACUUUGGGCACGGGGGACUUGAAUAUACAGAUGAAAAAAGUAUAUAAAAUGAAAAUAGUAGAUAUAAAAAUCCUAAAUGAGCACAAUAUGAAUUAAUAAGGGUGACCAAUGGAGUAUUCAAAUGUUAUUUAUUUUUUAUUGCUCUGAAAGUAUACUUUAUAUCCUUUGUUUAGUUCAAAAGAAGACGAAAAAAUACCAAAACUGUUUGGAUGUUCUUUAGCUGUAUUUUCCCUGUGUUUGCGCUCACUGUUGCCAUGGAGCUGAUCAUAACGUUGUUUAUCGCAGUGGAGACGUCGCUUAGCAUAGUCGCUCCCUGCUCGUGUGUUCGUGUGUUGACGGUACAAAAAUGAAGAAGAAAAAACAAGGAUUUGCAGAUAUAAUGUAUAUAUAGCUCUUUUCAGUAAGUGUCAAAAUAAUUGACAUGGGGCUAACCUAUCCCAUCCACCACCAAUGUGACCUUCUGCGGCAGAACAGAGGCAUUUAUCUGGGAUGACGAUUGACUCUGUCAAAUUGUGAUAGUGUUUCUCUUGUGAAAAUUCAAGAUUGAAAUAGGAAUGAUUUUAUACAAUGGUAUGAACAUCGCCAAACGUGUUGCAAAGGUGAUUUGAAUUUGGGAAUUUUGAUGGAGUGGUUUAUAGCGAGUGAAAAACACCAUGUCCAAUUUCCUCCAAAUAGAUUCCUUUCUUCAUCUCCUUUCCUUGGUCAGCUCUUAUCCAAAUGGAUGUAAAAGGGAACCUCUCGAAGGAGGUGGAUCUAGGAAACAAAGCUAUUUAGGACAAAUGGACAUACUAUACUGUAGUAGUUGGUGGGUUUGGUGGUGGUUAUGAAGUGCUCUUUGUCUCCAUCUGCUGGUAGUAUGGCUGCAUGGCUGGCUUCCAUCUCCGCUUCGGGCUGUUUUCUCUAUGGUCUUAUUGUAUUGGGUUUGGUCAAUGGUCAGUAAUGUGUGGGUUUGUGCAGGCGAGAGAAGUUUUUCCCAUACAGCUCUGUGCUCUAGCUAUCUACAGCAUGUCGACUACGUUUGAGGCUUCUGCUAGCUAGCUAUUAGUGAUGUGACAGUUCAUUGUUGUCUUCUCUCAGGCAUGCUGCUAAAAUAAGAACAACAUUUUUUUAAACAAAAGUUAAACUGAAGAGUUGUUUCACAAGUAAAGAGUGAGAAGUGCCAUCCAAACAUGAUCCAUCCAAGCACAUAAUACAUCAUGAUAAUCAAGCAGUAGAAAAUAUACACUAUGUUGGUGUUAUUCUGUUAUUCUCUUGUUUUGCCUUUUCUAAUAAUAUUUUUGAACCAAAAUGAAAAUUGAUAACAAUAGAUAUAGUAUAUAAAAGAAAAUAAAUAUAAGCGUAAAAUAUGUCAAACUAUUUUAUCUGUGAUUGCUCAAUUAUAUGGACAACCGUCCAACAGAAGGACUAACACAUCAUCUUCCCUGUGGACCAAUCCUGAUUCAGAACUCUUCAUCUGCUGGGACUUAUAACCUUCCUGAUUGGACCUAGUACAUGUCAAUAAGGCUGUGGGAUUAUACAGAGAGUGGAGUCACAGAUGUGUGUGAGUGGACGACAAACCGAUUCACCUGGUGCUACUAAGUAACUUACAGUAACAGACCCCUCCCUCCCUCUGUACAGGGGGUUGGAGUGUGUUGAUGUCUCCUCAGUCUAACAGCAUCUCACACAUAGCCUAUACAGACAUGGGGAGCACAGACACACACUGAUGUUGAUUGAUAUUCCUAUCUAAAAAGAUAGGAUUCUCUUGUCACUUCAAGCUCUGGACUUUGAGUAGCUGCGGCGUCUCAUGAAUGUUUCAUAGAUCUGUGUUUUAUAGAUCUGCGUUUCAUAGUUCUGUGUUUUCUAGAUCUGUGAUUCUCUGUGUGUGUCUCCAGAGUGUUGGAGCAGGUGUGUUGUUGGCCCUGAUAUCAUACCCCUAUACUCUGUCCCCAGAGGGUAUGUGUUUUGUUUACUUUUGAGACUGGGGCGGGCUCAUCUAUAGGCCACACCAUGGGGGUGUAUCUUUGACAGCGUAGUAGACGCUCAGGGGUAUUAAAUGUCAGACAAGGGUGGGGUUCCUGCCCGACUAGAUCCACAGACAUUGCAUUGCGUCAACCAAUGGUCGCAUGCCACAUCAUCGACUGCUCAGUCAAAAUCACAUGUUGUGGUUAACUGGUAUGUUAAACACCUAUCCAGCUGUUGUGAGGUCUGGCAUGUGUCUGCAAUGUUGUCGGGCAGGACCACCAAUACCUGUUUUACAGCUCUCUCACCUUCCCAAUCUUCAUACCUCUCUCCUUCUGAGCUGCAUCCCUGUGAUGUAUUGAAUCUGAAUGAUAUGUAAAUCAAACAUUAAAGAAAUGUGUUUAAACUCA